GGCCUCCUGAGGGGCGUUCUCUGGAGGGCAGCCGGUGCAGGCCGCAGUGACAGGGCCGUUCGCCCCUGCGCACCCUGUCUCUUACCCGGUGCAGCGUCUGCUGGUGCCCUCCGCGUCCUGCAGGCCCAACAUGGCGCAGGAGGUGUCGGAGUACCUGAGCCAGAACCCGCGGGUGGCCGCCUGGGUGGAGGCGCUGCGCUGCGAGGGCGAGACUGACAAACACUGGCGCCACCGCCGGGAGUUUUUGCUCCGCAACGCCGGGGACCUGGCCCCCGCGGGUGGCGCUGCCUCUGCUAACCCGGACGAAGCUGCCGACGCCGAGAGCGGGACCCGCAGUCGGCAGCUGCAGCAGCUCAUCUCCUUUUCCAUGGCCUGGGCAAACCACGUCUUCCUUGGGUGCCGGUACCCUCAAAAAGUUAUGGAUAAAAUUCUUAGUAUGGCUGAAGGCAUCAAAGUGACAGAUGCUCCAAUCCAUACAACAAGAGACGAACUGGUUGCCAAGAAGGGGUAGAAGAGCUAUCCAAAAAACGAAUCAUAGAAGGAAAAAACAACUCUGCAGUUGAGCGAGAUCUUGCAAAAAUUUCUGCCAAAACAGAACGUACAUCAGCUCAGCCAGAAAACAGUUCUACAUGUUCCGGGUCAUGCACCAAAUCAGAGAGUAGUGGAAACUCCACUCGGAGCUCUGGCAUCUCUGGUCAGAAUAGCUCUAUGAGUGAAGGAGAUCGAUCUGUUUCCAGCCAAAGCAGCAGCAGCAUUUCCUCUCAGGUAACAACAGCAGGAUCUGGAAAAGCUUCUGAAUCAGAAGCUCCAGAUAAGCAUGGUUCAGCAUCAUUUGUUUCUUCGUUGUUGAAAUCCAGUGUGAAUAGUCACGUGACCCAGUCCACUGAUUCCAGACAACAAAGUGGCUCACCUAAAAAGAGUGCUUUGGAAGGUUCUUCAGUCUCUACUUCUCAGAGCAGCUCAGAGAUUGAGGUGCCCUUGUUGGGUACUUCUGGAAGCUCAGAAGUAGAGUUGCCAUUAUUGUCUUCUAAACCUAGUUCAGAGACAGCUUCAAGUGGGUUAACUUCCAAAACUAGUUCAGAGGCAAGUGUUUCAUCAUCAGUUUCUAAAAACAGUUCCUCAUCAGGCACAUCAUUACUAACUCCCAAGAGCAGCUCAACAAAUACAUCACUGCUCACUUCCAAAAGCACUUCCCAGGUAGCUGCAUCACUGUUAGCUUCCAAGAGCAGCUCCCAGACCAGUGGAUCUAUGGUUUCCAAAAGUACUUCCUUAGCAAGUGUGUCCCAGCUAGCUUCUAAGAGUAGUUCUCAGAGUAGCACCUCACAGUUGCCUUCUAAAAGUACUUCACAGUCAAGUGAGAGUUCUAUCAAGUUCUCUUGUUGCAAAUUAACCAAUGAAGAUGUGAAACAGAAGCAACCUUUCUUCAAUAGACUGUAUAAAACAGUGGCAUGGAAAUUAGUAGCUGUUGGUGGCUUUAGUCCCAAUGUGAAUCAUGGAGAGCUCCUAAAUGCAGCUAUUGAGGCUCUGAAAGCAACACUGGAUGUGUUUUUUGUCCCACUAAAAGAACUGGCAGAUCUGCCUCAAAAUAAGAGCUCUCAAGAAAGUAUUGUUUGUGAAUUGAGGUGCAAGUCAGUGUACUUGGGCACUGGCUGUGGAAAAAGCAAAGAAAAUGCAAAAGCAGUUGCAUCAAGAGAAGCAUUGAAGUUAUUUCUUAAGAAAAAGGUGGUGGUAAAAAUAUGUAAAAGGAAAUACAGAGGCAGUGAGAUAGAAGAUCUAGUACUCCUUGAUGAAGAAUCAAGACCUGUAAACUUACCUCCAGCUUUAAAACAUCCUCAAGAAUUACUAUAAUCUAUAAUAUGUUCAAAAUAUCACUGCAUACAGUAUCUGGUAUUUGAAGAGAAAACUGGCUUACUUUUGUACAAUAUAAAACAGGCUUUCACAAAUUUUGUAUUGCUUUUUUCCAGUUUUGCAGAAAAAUUUACAUUCUAAUUCUCUUCACAUAAGUAGAAGUUGUAAAUAAUUUAUGAAUGACAGUACAUAUUAAAAAGGUAUGCAUUAACAGCAUACCAGUAUGCUGUUUUAUUUGCUGAAGAAAAUACUGUCUUCUAUUUUUAAUGAUGUAUUAGGUACGAUGUGUAGUUCUGUAGAGUCUUAAAAUUUUUGUACUACUUUAAAUUUGGUGAAAAUGUAUUAAGUUGUCUACCAUGCUUUUUUUUUUAGCUGAAUAAAUCACAUCAAAGAAAAGGGGACCACAGUAUUUGAAUGUCUGAAAGUCUGAGAAACUUAAGGUUUUAAGAAUGUUGCCCAUAGUGUUGAACAUGUCUGUAAGAGAAUAAAAGAAAAAAUAGUUGCCUCAGACUAUUUUUAUGAGAAGUUGUAAGCAUUUUUUAGAUAUAAAGCAGUAUAAUGUACUUAUUGUUAUUUUAUUCUGAAGUUGUUUAAAAUUCACCAUGAUUUUGACCGCUGCUGAUUCUUUAAGCGGGUUAAUUUAUGUUUUGAGGUAAAAUACAAUUUACACUUUUUCUUAAAGACAUAAAUGUGGGUUUCUAUAUUAAGCAUAUUUUGUGACUACUAUUAACAGAUUGAUUUGUUUAGAUAUUAAAUGCUUUAAGCUAUUUUACCUUUUCAAGAAGUUGUGUUUUUUUUUCUCCUUUAGGUCAGAACCAAGUCUUACAAUAGGCUUCCCACUGUUAGUCAUAGUAAAUUACAACCGAGUGAUUUUUAAAGUGAUAUACAACUUUUUAUGAACAGGGAAGCUACAAUUUUCAAAUCUCAGAAAAAUACUGAAAAUUGAUACCAUGUUCAGUUUAAUGAUCCUGUUUAACUGAAUUAUAUCUCUUAGUAAUGAAGUAGAACUUUACUUGUUGAAGGUGAUUCUGAUGAUAUUAAUCUAUUAUGGCAUAUUCUGUUUUCUUCAAACUGUGGCCUAAGAUAUUUGAUUAUCUUUGUGGCCUUCUGGCUUCCUAGAUGCUGUUAUUAGGUGCUGCGUAUUGAGCAGUCACGGUGAAAAUGUACAGAGACAAGAAAUGACUAUUUAUGGGUCAGCUGUAUUGAAAUAGGAAAAUAAUCAGGGACAUUUUAAUUUUAUCAGAUAACAUUUUAAAAAUGAUUCAUUUUUGAGGAUGUUUCAUUGGAUACCAGAGCUAAAAUCUGUGUUCUAUAAAUGAGUUACCAUUAAUACAUUGUGGGGAGCAAUAACAUGAAUGUAUUUUUAAAGCACUUUUAAUUGCUCACUUUCCUUAGUCUUGGAAUGUACAUUUUGUGAGACAGUGCUUACCAAAAAAGUGAGCCAGAAACUAGAAAGAAUAAAUACAUUUCCGAAAUAUAUCUAAUUAGGUUAUUUUGUUAAUUUCCUGAAAUGUCUUUUUUUAAAGUUAAUAUAAAGGUUAUAUAUUUUAAAUUAUAAGUUUUUGAUGUUGAAGAAGCUGCCUAGUAGAACAGAUGUUUCACAUACAAACAUUUGUUAUAAUCUUAUUUCAAAACAAAAAUACUCUUAUUAUAAAAGUUAAUCAGAAUUUAAAGAACCUGACUUAAGAGGAACAUUUUUUCACAUUUCCUCAAAAUAGUAGAUGCAGAAGAAAAUAAAAGCUUUGGGAUCUGUUACUAUUGAUGUAAAAUCUUGGUUCUAUCUCUUACUAGAUGUGGAACUUCUGGUAAACUUUAAGCCUUACUUCAGCUAUAAAAUAGGACUAGUAGCCACCUCAUAGAGCUAUGAAGAUUAAUUGAAAUGAUAGUUUAAAGUGCGCAGCAUAGUGAAGGCAUACCAUAGUUUACUUGUGUACACAUGUUCUA